AUGGAUCACACAAGGGAUCCCUGCCCGUGGGUCGCGCUCAGCGACUUUGGUGGUGCGUUCAGUAUGGGUGCCAUUGGUGGAGCGGUAUGGCACGGUGUGAAAGGAUUCCGAAACAGUCCCUACGGCGAACGGCGGAUAGGAGCUAUUACCGCAAUUAAGGCUCGAGCACCGGUUGUUGGUGGUAACUUUGGCGUAUGGGGUGGCAUGUUUUCGACAUUCGAUUGUGCAGUUAAGGGAAUCAGGAAGAAGGAGGACCCGUAUAAUGCCAUUAUUGCGGGAUUUUUCACAGGUGGUGCGCUUGCCAUCCGUGGUGGAAUGAGGGCUGCCAGGAACUCCGCCAUUAUGUGCGCCUGCUUCUUGGCUGUUAUUGAAGGAGUCGGAAUCGGGUUUCAAAGAAUGAUGGCGGAAAAUACACGAUUAGACCUUCCACCACCACCCCCUUCGGAAGAUAAGUCUCCGCAGUCACCAAUGUUGGCCUAA